CACUACUAAACGUCUUGAUUCCAAGGCCAAUUUGGGCGAGAUUCCCCAUUCAAAACCGCUUUGGUUACGUCAACAAAGAUUUGCAAAAUGAGCCAACGCUCGAAACGGAGACGCAUGGACACACAACCAGGGGUACUGGGAAUUGGCUCAAACUUAGCUACUGGGGGUUUAUGUCAAUCGGCUACUGAAUUGGAAAAAAACAGUUGGAAUGGCUUCUGUGAGAUUGAAUCGGAACCGGCUCUUUUCAAUGUAAUGCUUCGGGAGUUUGGAGUCCAAGGAGUCAAAGUUCAAGAAGUUGUUUCAUUGGAUGACGAGAUGAUGGCGUUUCUCAAUGAACCUGUAUACGGGCUAAUAUUUCUGUUUCGUUGGCGGGAGGAUGAUCCUGACAAGCAAGAGGCAAGCUGCCCAGAAGGGCUUUGGUUUGCAAACCAGACUGCCGGUAAUGCCUGUGCCAGCGUAGCAUUGCUUAAUAUUGUCAACAAUAUCGAAGGAAUAGACCUCGGUGAAAAUCUACAACAUUUCAAGGACUUCACUAUGCCUUUUACACCCGCAUUGAGGGGAGAUGCAAUAAAUAACUUCGAGUUUGUCAAACGGGUUCACAACUCUUUUGCACGGAAGAUGGACAUGCUUAAUGUAGAUCUACAGCUCAAGAACGAGGCGACAUCCAAGCGAUCUCGAUCAGGGAAGAAGGGCUAUGACGACUAUGAAAUGAAUGCGGGGUUUCAUUUUAUAGCAUUUGUUCCGGCGAUGGGUAAAGUUUGGAAGUUUGACGGCUUAGAGCGUCAGCCCCAAGCUCUUGGAGAAUGUUCGCAUGAUGACUGGUUGAGUUUGGUGAAACCAAACAUUCUCACUCGAAUGGCAGAGUAUGAGGAAGAUCAAAUCGAGUUCUCCAUUUUGAGUCUUGUUAGGGACCCCCUACUGGAUCACAUUGACAAAUUGGCAGUCAACGUCAAAUGCCUGGAAAUAGUUAAUGAGCGCAUGGCCAAUGCGGAGACCUGCUCACAGUCCGUGUUUGUAGAUUCCAAGUUUGAAGAUACUAUCCUCGGGCCUGAUCUAUCAUAUGCUCUUACCAGGGAAGGGAUCGACGCAGCAAUGCUUGAUGGCCAAGGACAAGAGUAUCAGAUCUGUCCACCAGAGGAACUGGCAAAACACCAACAAACACUCCGCAACAUGCAGCGGGAACUCCGAGCGGCAAUUAAAGAAGAGCAGCAAUCUCACCAGGCCGAUGAUGACUAUGCCGCUGGGCGAAGGUAUGAUUAUGGGCCAGCAGUAAGAGCGUGGGUACAUUCUUUGGCGCGCAAGCGGGUCAUCGAAAGCUUAUCAUGAUAUUUGACCUAAAGCAUAAUUGCCAGAAUGCUCAUCUUUGCAGCUGCAGGGAGGAGUGCUUACUGAUGGGGAAUGCUUGGGCUGUAGUCGUGUACAAACUAGGGACAUAAUGAUAAUGGCUACAGACGAUCAAGAAUAAUGACAAUAAUGAGAUAUGAAUGGGAUUUUGAUGCGGCAUGCCCAUGAACGGCCACCCCUUCGUCCAGGGGCGGGGGAAGAGGGAUUUCUAGGGCAGUACCCCAUAACCCCAACCUCGUGGUACUUCGAUUGGACGGUAGUCCGUCUUCCAAGCAGCUAUUCAAUAGACAGACGGCACAAUUCCUGUCUUUUGCAAAAUAAUCCCUACUUGGAAAUCUAUCCUUCUCUUAGGUUGUCUCCUCCAAAUAACAAUUCAAAUCAAGCAUGUUGGCCCAGGGCGUCUGUUCCCCUCACUGUCGGACGGACUGUGUCGGUGACGUAUUUGCAACCCUCACCGUUAUCACCGUUGGGGGGG